AUGUAUUUCGACGAAGCUAUGCGUCAAGCUCGCAGGGAAACACAGAAAGACCAGAGACUCUGGGGCUUGGAACUCGACCCGCUGAUCGUCUCAAUUGCUAUGAAUUUGAUUGAGUUGACAGGUGCGAGUGGCAUUGUCAAAUUGGUGGUAGGCUCUGCAUUGGAUUCGCUGACAAGACUUACGAAGAAGGAGUUAGUCGCCAUCGAUCUCCUUUGCUUGGAUCAUGUCGAAGAUCUCUAUGUGGCUGAUCUGAAGAUCUGCGAGGAACUGGGUCUUCUCAAGCCAGAAUCUUUGGUGUCGGCUAAUAAUGUCCUUCGACCUGGAGCCCCGGAAUACUGUGGUUAUGCUCACCAUCAUGCGAAUUUUCAAAGUUAG